UGCAGCGGUUCCCAGAGGCGGUGCUAGUGUGGGGUGGGUAAUAAAGGCGAGGCGAUUUAAACCUGAGCCGAGUGGCAGUGGAGAAUCGGGAGCGCUUCAGAGGGGCAGUGACCUCCACCGGCUCACAACCCGGAGAACAAAAAGAUGCCCCAAAACGUGAUAUUGACAGGUCCUGGCCCUUGGGGGUUCAGGCUGACCGGCGGUGCUGAUUUCAACCAGAGUCUGACCGUCUCUCGGGUAACACCCGGAAGCAAGGCCUCGCUAGCUAAUCUUUCCCCGGGUGAUGUCAUCCUGGCCAUUGAUGGUGUGAGUACGGACAACAUGGCACAUGUCGAUGCUCAGAAUAGGAUUAAGGCUGCCUCCAAUAAAUUAAGCCUCAAGAUUGACCGACCUGAAACUAAACUUUGGUCUCCUCAAGUCACUGAAGGUGGCAAGGCAAAUCCUUUCAAGAUUAAUUUGGAAGCAGAACCACAGGAAAUCAAAUCUAUUGGAGAGUCCCAUAACAGAAAAGCCCAGCCAUUUCUUGCAGCGGGAAACAUUGAUGACAAAAGGCAGGUAGUGAGCUCGAGCUAUAACACUCCAAUUGGCCUGUACUCUGCUGACAACAUACAAGAUGCCCUCCAGGGACAACUGCGAGGCAUGGUCAUUGAAUCACAGGAGAAAACUGAACCAGCACCAGGAGUUCAACAUUCAGAGGUUUACAAAAUGCUGCACAACAACCAAGAGGAAAGUAAUGAGCCAAGGCAAUCUGGGUCCUUUCGGGCUAUCCAAGAUUACUUGGAGUCAGGUGAAAGUGGUAAUCGCCCUGUGGUCACUAGAAGUGUGAAGGCUCCAGUGACAAAAGUGGGUGCUUCAGCAGGAAGUGUUCAGAAGCUGCCACUCUGUGACAAGUGUGGAAAUGGAAUAGUUGGGACCGUGGUCAAAGCACGUGACAAGUAUCGCCAUCCUGAGUGUUUUGUUUGCGCUGACUGUGACAUGAAUCUCAAGCAGAAAGGUUACUUUUUCAUAGAAGGACAACUGUACUGCGAAGCCCAUGCAAGAGCACGAACAAAACCACCGGUGGGCUAUGAUGCCGUGCCCGUUUAUCCAAAUAUGAAAGCUUAGAUUUCUGGCAGUGAUUUAAAAAGAAAAUAACAGAAAAGAUCCAUUAUCGGGAGAAACCUAUGCUAUUGUUAUUGAUCUGAAUACAGUUAAAUACAAAUGCUCUUCCACAACAAGAUAUAUUUACCAACCGCAACUUGCUCAGUUAGUCGUGUUAGCAGAUAGACCUUGUGGAGCUAGCAGAAAUAAAACUACUGUAUGCAUUGCCAUGUUGAUGCAACAAAUUAUAUAAGCAACUUAGUCUGUGUAAUUACAACUGUUACAUCAAUAAAGUUGAU